AUGGUAAAACUUGCCCUGUGUGUUUUUCUAACGAACAGCGAGUUCCUGCUUGCUAUUUCUCAGGCCGAUAAGGACAUCAAAAGGUCCAAUCUUUAUGCCAAGUUGUCCAAGAGCAUAUCCUGUGCUGUUCAACAGGGAGGUCCUGAUCCGACGAAGAACCUCAAGUUGGAAGCAGCGAUUUCUGCUGCUAAAGCUGCUAGCAUGCCUAAAGAAAACAUUGAGCGUGCCAUCAACGGUAAGAGCGUUGAUGCAAGCAAGCUGCAGUUCAUCACAUACGAGGGAUUCGGCCCGGGCAGCUGCGCCAUCAUCGUGGAGUGCCUAACCGACAACAAAAAGAGAACAGUUUCCGAAAUCCGACACAUUUUCACGAAGGGAAUGGGCAGAUUGGGCACGAUCGGCAGCGCUUCCUUCCUUUUCAAAUACAUGGGAACGCUCACUUUCCCGAAAGACGACAAUCAAGACCAUAUCUUCGAUCUCGCUCUGGAAGCAGGAGCAGACGACGUUGUUGAAAAUGAGGAUGAGAACACAGUGGUUGUACAGUGCGCUCCGACGCAGCUGCACGCGAUGAAGGAGGCAUUUGCGAAGGAGAAGCUAGAGGGGAAAAUGGGACUUGCCUAUCUGCCGACAGUGCGAUUUAGAGCGUUUGGAGCUUAUUUGUAG